GUCAGUGAAUAACUGGGUGGAAAUAGGAACAUGGUGUUUUCAUUAGGAAUCUGAACCCAUUUUCUGCCUCGCGCGUGUGCAUGUGUGCGUGUGAGUGUGAGUGUGUGAGUGAGUGAAUGAGUGACUGAGUGUGUGUGUGUUGUGAUUGUGAGUGUGUUUGCGCUAACAGUGUUGUUGUGAAGACGGAAGUGAAAGGAGGACUUCCCUCUGUCCAAUAAUUCAUUUCUUCCUGGACUCGUCCACAGGAGAACUUGUCCCCCAGUGCAGAGGUGCAGACCUGCAGACCUGCAGACAUGUCUACCGCGUACAAGAACAGGAUACAGGAAUUCAAAGUAGCCUUGAGUGAAGAAAUUAUAAAUCUGAAGACACUAAGGGAACUCUGCUUCAAUGGAGUCCCAUUUGAAGGAGGCAUACGAGCACUUUGCUGGAAGAUCCUUCUUAAUUAUCUACCUCUCGAUCAGACGUUAUGGGAGUCCUUCCUCAAGAAGCAGAGGGAGGUAUACACUCAGUUCCUGAAAGAAAUGAUCAUCCAGCCGGGCAUUGCCAAAGCCAACCUGGGCCUCUCUAGAGAAGACGUCACCAUGGAGGAUCAUCCUCUGAAUCCAAACCCAGACAGCAGGUGGAACAACUACUUCAAAGAUAAUGAAAUUCUACUUCAGAUAGACAAGGACGUAAGGCGGCUGUACCCAGACAUGGCUUUCUUCCAGCGGCCCACAGAUUACCCCUGUAAGCUCAUCCUGGAUCCUCAAAACGAUUACGAGACGCUGCGUCGACGCGUCGAACAAACCACGCUGAAAGCCCAAACUGUAAACCGCAACCGCAGUGGAGUCACAAACGUGAGCUCCCCUGGAAAGUCACUGAACUUGUAUCCGUCUAACGAGUAUGAGGUGCUGCCCAGCGGAAGUGAAGCUCACUGGGAGGUGGUGGAGCGGAUCCUCUUCAUCUACGCCAAACUCAACCCGGGCAUCGCCUACGUCCAGGGCAUGAACGAGAUCGUCGGGCCGAUUUACUACACCUUCGCCACCGACCCAAACAGCCAGUGGAAAGAACACGCUGAAGCCGACACCUUCUUCUGCUUCACCAACCUGAUGUCGGAGAACAGAGACAACUUCAUUAAGAGCCUUGACGACUCGCAGUGCGGCAUCACGUACAAGAUGGAGAGUGUGUACUCCAUGCUCAAAGACAAAGACCUGGAGCUCUACCUCAAGCUGGAAGAGCAGAAGAUCAAACCGCAGUAUUUCACCUUCCGCUGGCUGACCUUGUUGUUAUCUCAGGAGUUCCUCCUGCCAGACGUUAUCCGGAUCUGGGAUACCCUGUUCUCGGACCAGGACCGGUUCCACUUCCUCCUCCUGGUCUGCUGCGCCAUGCUGGUACUCAUCAAAGACAACAUAAUGGCGGGAGACUUCACGGUCAAUAUGAGAUUACUACAGGACUACCCCAUCUCAGACGUCCACACCAUCCUGGUGAAGGCCAAAGAGCUGCAGGAGAACUCGUAACCUGCUCCUUCUCCUCCUCCUGCCUCCUCUUCUCAGACGUGGUAGGUGGGAGUUUAAACAUUCAGAAACACUCAUGUCAAACAUGCUAUAAAGGAAGACUUUGUCAAUGAAGAGCCUGGACCACUUUUACACUCAAAGUUCUAUCAGUGAGGACCACCGUGAAAACUUCGUAGACGUGGUCCUUGAAGUGAGAAGGAGGCGCCUCUCGCUUCCUAGUGCAUCAUGGAGAAAAAAAAGCUUCUCUCAGCCAUCGCUCUUAUGGAGACUUGUGCUCAGAUUUUUAAGUUUGCACUGAACAUCGGAGGGAGAGUCCAACACUACCAAUAUAACCAGACAGGAUUCUUAAAAAGAGGUUCGGCUUUAAUGAAAUCCCCCCGGGACCACGUUGAAGUCGGAUCAAGCAGACUGGGAUGAGCAAUAGUGCAUGUGUAUUCUUUAAGCGUUUUUUAAUUUUUAGAAGUUGAAUUUUUUUAUUGUAAGAGACAUGUUUGCCUUAUCUGUUUGAUGAUGUGAAACAGGAGACAGGGUUUUCUGUCUGGAUGAAUAAAUAUGAAGUGACGGGCCUCACCUUUUGAAUAAUGUAGAAGUAACCCUCUGGAUUCUUUACUUCUUCAACGUCUUUUUGUCCCACAACGAGUGAAGAUUCAUUUAGAGUCUCUUUACUUUAACACGACAACAAACUGUUUCUGAGACGUCUGAGGAAACUGUGCUGCGUUUCACUCUGAACAUCAGUCACUGAACUUUUAAUCUCUCCUGAGGAAACGUGUUUCUCUUUUAUGGAAGAAGAUCAGGGCCACUGGAAAAAAUAUAUGUUACUUAGCUUUAAAUCAGCAGCAGUCAGCUAGUUAGCAUUACGUAUGGUACAGAUAGCUAGUUAGCAUUACCCCACAUUAGCAAUAAAUCAGCUUCAGACACACAGCAGGCUUUACACAAGUUACAGGCAACUAGUUAGCCUGUGUACAGCUGCUACGCAGUUCUAGGAUUACAUUAGCUAUAGGCAGCUGGUUAGAAUUUCAUCAGCCACAUGAAGUAUUAUAGCAUCAGCUCAGAUAGCUAGCUAACAUUACAUUAGUUGCAGAGUAGUUAGCAUUACAUUAGCUAUAGACAGCUGGUUAGCAUUUCAUCAGCUGCAUGAAGUAUUAUAGCAUCAGCUCAGAUAGCUAGCUAACAUUACAUUAGCUGCAGAGUAGUUAGCAUUACAUAAGCUAUAGGCAGCUGGUUAGCAUUCCAUCAGCUACAUGAAGUAUUAUAGCAUCAGCUCAGAUAGCUAGCUAACAUUACAUUAGCUGCAGAGUAGUUAGCAUUACAUUAGCUAUAGACAGCUGGUUAGCAUUUCAUCAGCUGCAUGGAGGAAGUAACGUAGCAUCAGCUACAGGCCGCUAGUUAGCUUUACAUUAGCUAUAGACAGCUUGUUAUCAUUUCAUCAGCUAUUGGAAGUAUUAUAGCAUCAGCUCAGAUAGCUUGUUAACAGAGAGUAGUUAGCUUCACAUUAGCUACAUGCAGCUGGUUAGCAUUGCAUUGGCUACAGGAAGCAACAUAGCAUCAGGUACAGACAGCUAGGUAGCAUUACAUUAGGGACAAACUUCAAGUUAGAAUUUUUAAAGAUGUUAACCCUACGAGUACCUCUGUCAACUACAAACUGCUAACCAGUAUCAUGUCCCUCACUUUGAAGAGUACAGCGGUUGAUUUUAAGAACCUAAAACCGUUGCUAACUUGACGUUAAUGGGUAAGCUAGCUCGGAGCUAAACGGUGUAGAUCAACCUUUGGUAACAUUCAGUGUGAACAGCAGCACAGCUUCCCACUCAGUGCUGAUUUUUAUGUCAUUUUCUUUUCUCUUGUUUUGUGCACAUAAUGUUUUAGUUGAUUAAGUCAAGAUUACACUUUGAAUGUAUCUGCAAACUCAAAUCUAGCACUGCCGUAAUCUCCAGACGCACGCAUGUAACAUGUUAAAAAGGUGAACAGAAAGAAAGCAGCACAGAAGUACAGUAACUUACUGAAUCAUGAAAUCAAUACAAACAUGAAGGUACGCUUUACAGGCUCUAUGUGAUUCAAAUCUUUACCUUUACGCAAGCAGAGAGAUAAUUUCUAACCCUUCAUGCCCUGAAGUGUUCUAAAGACUCUCCUUACCCGCCUGUCUCUUAAAUUGCUAACAUGAUUAAUGUUCAUGGAUGUGUGAAAGAUCUGUUUACGUUAACAGUUUAUUAAACACAAUAGUUUGAAAAUAUGUCGGGAAACUAAUCAAAGAACAUAUUUUUAGUUGAAAGUGCCCUUAAACUAAAACUGGAAAUGAUUAUCUUCUAACCCUAAUGGUCAUUUUGUUUUAACUUGUGUUUCACCAACUAAAACUGAGCUUCAAUCCACUAAAAGAAACUCCUAAAGAGAGCUCUUAUUAUCCAGGAAAUAAAGGACAACUCAAUCCCCACUAAAAGGACCAAAUCCAUAAUGUGACAGACGUUUGUCCGUCUCCACAAUCUUUGACAUCCUUAACCUGUCUGUGACCACAAACCCAGAACAAAAUGGUAGCCACAGAGGAAGUUACUAUUUUAAAGAAGAAGAUAAACAACAUAUACAUCUGCCUUUAAGAUCAAAGACAACAUUCUAGAAUUCUGUCUUUGAUGUCAGAAUUCCGAGAGAAAAGUCAACAUUCUGAAGAAGAGUCAGAUCUAAACUGAUCCUGCUUUAUCACUCUUCUUAUAUAAUCAAUAACUAGUUAAAAGUAAACGAGUCAGGAACAUGAACACUGAGACAUAAGUCAGAAUGAUAAGAACUAACUAUAAUGGCAGAAACCAUGUUUGACAAACGUUUAUUUGAGCUGUGUUUUGGAUUUAAUAGUUUGACCCAUGUUCCAUCUGUUAACAUGGAGGAGGCGGGCUUAAUGAGCUAUACCGCAGCUAGUCAGUGGGGGGAGCUCUAAAUAUUUUUCUUCUCCAGCAGUAUCUACACACAGUUACUGAAAAAUGUCCACAAUACUUGUUUGUUCUGAAUAAGAAGGAGAACGCGUUCAAAGACCAAAACUAAAACACAUUUUGCAUUUGAAGGUUUUUUUUUUAAUCUUUUGUUAAAAGUGUUUGGCUGAAUCUGUUUUUUGAGGGACUGUUACUAACCGAUGGAAUCCACAUGCUCCUCUUUUCAGUGUGUAUUUAUUUCUAUCUUUAUGGUGGUGUGUGUGUGAGUGUGUGGGGGAAUGAUGUUCUCCAUACUCUUUAUGUCUCAUGUCAGUUAUUUGCAUGGUUCAGAAUUUUGUAAGCACAUUUUUGUAACGUCUCCAGUGUUAAAACUUGUAUAUAUGUUUUUACUUGUUUGCAGAUGUGCAUUAAAAUGAAAAUGGUAUAAAUCAAA